UAUUGAUCAACUGAAAUGUUGUAUUGAUUGCAUCCAUAAUUAAUUUUAGGUUCGCGUUGACAACAGUGGCAUGCCCAACCGGAAACAGAAAAUACCAUUUCUUGGUGCAAUUGCAUUGCGUCGUUGUUUAGCUAGAGGGGGUAAUAGUGCCUUCACGUUUUCGGCGCGCUUUUGACACCAGACCUCACUAUGAAACGAGAGAACCGGGUGGGAGGAAAGGAAGCAGCUGUUCAGUAACCUGGGCUGGUACCCCUGGCUACUAUCGAGUUUAGCAACCGUUGCCGCUGACAGCUCCAGAAGGGAGUACAGAGUUAUUGUUCGCUUGCAAGUGGCGAGCCCCAUCUUUUAAAUAAAACCAGCGGCGUGGAGUAAUGAGAGAAGAGUAGUGAAGGAGGCAGGUGUCCCAUUAAAACGUUAGCAGACAAGUGGGAGGCCAGGCAAGGAUGCUGGAGGCAGAUGCAGACCCAGCAGGUCAAGCAGUGGAGGGAGAUGGGGAGGACGAGAUGGGGAGCAGAGACUUGAAGGCUGAGGUGGUGCGGCUGACUCUGGAGCUACAGGAGGCCACAGAAGAGAAGCUACAGGCUGCUCGCUAUGGCCUGGUGGUGCUGGAGGAAAGUGCUGCUCUCAAGAUGAAACACAGGCAGCUGGAAGAGGAGCAUGAAGCCCUGAAAGGGGAGCUACAGCAGCUUAAAGAGGCAUUUGCAGAUUCUGUCAGCAGCCAGAAACGUGCAGCUGCUGAUGGAGAGUGCCGGGAGGAGAGCUUGCUGCAGGAGACAGCCACAAAGGAGGCUGCCAUGGCAACCCGCAUAGAAGAAGUCCAGGCAGAACUCAAGCAAGCACGCCUUGCUCUGAGCAACACCCACGCAGAGAUUGAUAGACUGGGGGUGUUCUCCACCCAGCUAAAGAAGGAGUGUGAGUGUCUGGAGGCAGAAAAGGCCCACCUGAGGGAUGAGAUGAAGGAAUUUAAAAUACGUGAGCAGCGCCAGUUGCAGGACAAUGCCGAGCUAGAAGAUGAGAACAUAUCUCUGCAAAAGCAGGUGUCUCUGCUCAAGGAAAACCAGGUUGAGUUUGAAUCGAUAAAGCUGGAGCUGACCCAGAAGAAUGAUGAGCAGGAGGAGCUGCGAGCUCAGCUGGACGAGGCAGCCAGGUUGAGGGAGAUAGCAGAGAGGCAGUUGGAUGAGGCCUUGGAAGCCCUGAAGGAGGAGAGGGAGCAGAAGAACAGUCUGCGGCGAGAACUCUCUGCCCUGACCCUUAACCCCUUUGAUUCUGUGGGGAACCUGGAGCUUCACUUAGACCAGCUGGAUGACAGUCAAGAAGACGACCAGGGGGGAGAGGGCCAAGGUGGUGAAGGUGAGGGAGAGGACCAGGACAGUGGCUUUAAUAAUGGUCCUGGGUCUGCUCCCGGUUCUGCUCACCCUCCUCACUCAGGGGGCUCCAAAAGUAAUGGCCUCAUCCAUCGCUACUCAACGCCACGCAACAGUGACAUAUUUCUGCGUGCUCCAGCCUCUGGGCUGGUCUCAGACCUGCUCAGUGAGCUACAGUUUUCAGACAGUCAGAAGCUAAAACAGCAACUCCUACAGGCAGAACGAGAGAAGUCCACUCUGGUUAACAAGGUAGAGGAACUGCAGAUGCAGCUUGUAAUGUCUAAACAGGCACUCAGCCAGCAAGAGGACAAGGUUGGAUCUCUCACCCAACAGCUGGAAGCUGUGCACAGCAGCCAGCAACAUCAGGAAGCAGAUGACAGGGGAGAUGACAAGACAGAGAAUGGAAAUGGUGGGAAUGCGGCCUUCGACUAUGAAGUAGACAUCAAGAGCAAGGAGGUGUUGGAGGCACGCAUGCGUUCAGCCAGCGAAGAGCUUCUGAAGCUGCGAGAUGAACUGUCUCAAGCGGGAAUUCGUUAUAACAACCUGGAGCAGCGAUACAAGCAUGAGAAGGAUCGUUGGAGGGCAGAGGCUCAGGAGCUGGCUGACAAGAUUCGUCAGUGCAUCAAGUCCAGCAAGCAGGACCAGGAGCGCAUCAGUGAGUUGGAGAAGGAAAUUGGAGCCACGAGAAAAGUGGCGAGCGAUUCAGAAGGGCACUUGAGCGUUGCCCAGGAAGAGCUGCUGGCCUUCUCCGAGGAACUGUCCAACCUCUAUCACCAUAUCUGUGUGUGCAACAACCUGACACCCAAACGAGUCACCCUGGACUAUUACCGUGAUGGUGCCAGGGCAAGCGCACGAAGAUCGCACUAUGUCUACCCCCAGCACAGCUCGCAGAAGAAGCCACGAGGCAACGACAUGUUCAUCUCCAAAGCUUCAGCAUUGCAGUGUAUGGGGGAGGUGGACAGCGCAGGAACCAGCACAGACUCUCCUAACUGCCCUGGAUCCCCCACCCUGGAUUUUAGGGACCCUUCCAAUGUCCGCAACUUGGUAGCAGUCAUCCGUUGCCAAAUCAAACACCUGCGGGUGGCCGUGGACCUCUGUCGUCAGAGGGGCGCGAUGCCCUACUCAGGCUUGAGCAGCAGUGGCGAGGCAGAGCGGGAUGCUGAAAGCCUCUUGGAAGAAGUACUGAAACUUAAGUCCCUUCUCAGCACCAAGAGAGAGCAGAUCGCGACCCUCAGGACUGUCCUAAAGGCUAACAAACAGACUGCAGAGUUGGCUCUGUCUAACUUGAAAACCAAGUAUGAAACAGAGAAGAGCAUGGUGUCAGAGACGAUGAUGAAGCUGCGGAACGAGCUCAAAGCCUUGAAGGAGGACGCUGCCACCUUCUCUUCACUCCGUGUCAUGUUUGCCAGUCGGUGUGACCAGUAUGUCACCCAGUUGGAUGAGAUGCAACGGCAGCUGGCAGCAGCCGAAGAUGAGAAGAAGACACUGAACUCUUUGCUGCGUAUGGCCAUACAGCAGAAACUGGCUCUUACUCAACGUUUGGAGGAUCUGGAGGCCCCUCUGUCUCCACACAGUUUAAACAGCAGCCCCCGUCGCUCCCGAGCCAAAGAGCUGGCCACCAAGUCAGGCCGGGCUCCACGCAGCCCCCGAAGCAGUCCUGCACGCCCCCCAUUGAGGAGCAGUCCACGGGCUAGCCCGGUCCUUGGCAGCAGCGUUCCUGCUAUGGCAACACACCACCUGCGAAGUAUCACCCGAAGCCUCCACACAAGCCCUCGCUGAAACACUCCUUCCAUUACUCCAAACCCCCUUCUCUCCAUAAGGACCUGUCUUCAUGUUGACUCCCCGGCUCCCACCUCCUUUCCUGACUCAAGACAUCCUGUCCAUCCCAGAUAUGAUGCAACAUUCCCCACUCUACCAACCAUGGAUUAAAAAGUUAAAAAAAAAUAAAUAAACAAAACGAAAAAACAAACAAAAAAAAAUCUCUCAUCCCGCCCUUUGUUUUUCUGCUUGGAGCAGAGAAACCUGCAUGCAGCCUGGAGAAGGAUGAAGAGACAAAUGUGCUGCUCGUUGCACUGUGGGGUCAUUGAUUGUGUCUUGUCCCAAGUGGAUCCAGCUUCCAUCUGGUCUUGUUUAAGGCUAUGUGUUGUGGUGAGCCGUUGACAGUGUUUACCCCACAGCAAGAGACUUUUCAUGUACAGUAUUGACGGUCCUCAGACUUGUUUCACGGCUUGUAUCUGUUUUAAGGCUGUAUGUCUUUAUAGGCACUUGCCUUUUUCUGGUGUCCUGUCUGGCUUCUUUUAGUGUCCGUAAGCCAUUAGAUUAUUUGUGAUAGCUCUCCCAGGUAGUUGUUUUUAUAGAACAAUGCAGCCUUACUUACAGAAUUGCUAUCCUACAAGUAGAGAGCUUGCUAUUGUCUCGAGGUUACUCCCUUUUACUGAUGGUACAGUUACAUGCCCUUUUUUACCCUGUUACAUGUUUGGCUCUUUGGCUGUUGCCUAUUAGCCAUGCCCUUUAAGUGGAGGCCAGUAAACAUGCCCUUUCAUUGAUGGAAAUAGAUCAGCCAUAAAUUCACCACCUCAGGUCAAACACAGAGUAAUCAAAUACAAGAUUUGGGAGAUCUUUAAUGUGUGUCUUACUUUGCAAACUAUGCAGAUCAAGUCAGGACAGUGCCUGUAAACUUCCAGCUGUUCUUUAGGAUCAGGGUGGGUUUUCGAACUUACCAUCAUUUUCAGCUAACAGUGACUGCCUGCAGCCAUUUUGAAACAGCCAUUUAGCAUCUCUCACAAUAAGCAGCUUUCGGAAGUCAGCCUGUGGUGCUACGUGGCUCACGUUCAAGCAUCCUGUUGGCUAAGCUUUUUGGGCUUUGGUGCUUUGAUAGACAUUGUCUCACAUCAUUUAAGAAUACAAGUGAUUUGGUUUAGGUAAAUAGAAUACUAACAUGUUGGGCAAUGCUCGUGUGUCUUGGUUACAUGGACAUAGUAACAGUUCCCACUCAGCUUCUGCUUUUUCCUCACUCCUUUGAACGGCUAAGCAACAACGCUCAUGUUUUGUAUUUCAUCAUUAAAUGUUGCCAUGCUUUUGUGUGCUACCAGCAUAAGCAUGUUGUAAUGAUUGAGUGUCACCCACAGCAAAGUAGUUUUCUUCCCCUGUGGCUGAAGCAUCCGCUGUUUUCAGUUUAGGAAUGCUAACAGGCUGUGGUUAGCGUUGCUGCUAGUGGAAAAAUUAAACUGUGUUGUCCCAGAAUUUUAUAUCCAGUAGCACAUUACAACUAAAAACAAAAAUAAACAAGGAAUAAAUUUUGCAAAACAAAAAUUUCAAAGCAAGAUGUAACUCCAACAUCCACACAUAGGAGCCUGGAUUGCAAGGACAAGUCGCAAAGAACAAAACAUGUAUGUCUAUCUGUUGAUACCCCCGUUAUGUUAAGGGUUCUAGAGCAGAUACCACAGCUGUGAUUUGAGGACAGCACUACAUAUGUUGACACUAGCACUGUCACCUGUCUCAUUCAAAUUUAAUUGACCUGAUGAGACCAAUCAUAAUGUUUUAGACCACAUUUGGAAACGGCUGCUUUAAAAACACAUCCUGCUGAUUUUUAAAAAUUUUUUAUUUUAUUUUUAGUGCCUUGGUUUUCAUCUUGUUUUUAGACUGUAUCACAUUUUCUUAAUAGAGGCUACUAUUCAACACUGUAGUUGUGAUGUUUUUGAAGACAUGUCUUAUUUUUGAAGAAAGUCACUGAGCAGUUUAAGCACUGAAUAUGGUGAUAUUUCAUUUUGGUAAAAUAUUUUCACUUUUUAGCUGCCAUGUCCUAUUAUUAGCUAUUAGUAUUAGCUAUUGAAUUACUUGAUGUUAGCCUCCCCUGAAAUUAAUGGUUAGUAUCUAUUUUUAUUUAGAGAACUGUUACUGAACUGAGAAAAACUACUGUAUAAAGAUCAUGAAUGCAGAAAAAUAAGAAUAUAAUGUAUCAGAAACCUUACAGAUUGAGUGUUACAGUUUUAAAAACGAUGAUACCAGUUUUUUUACUGUCAGGGGAGCAGGAUCAUGAACUCUAAAAAGUGGAAAUGCUUUAACAUUAUGUCAUAUUGCUUUGGAAGGUUGUAAAUGGAUUUCUUAAUCUAUUUAAUUCACUCUGUGCAGAUGUGUGUUUUAAUUUAAUUAACACUGUUGUAUAAUAUUUUAACUGUAUUUAUGUGGUCUGCAUACUGUUUAAAUUGUUCUUGAGGAUGACCUGCACAUAUACAUGUGUAUGCAAGUUCCUCUUAUUGACCUGUGAACCACUUUUGUCAUGACGAAUAAAAAGAAGCCAACUUGUUCAUUGCUUGUGGCAAAAAAUAAUAAA